CCCCUGACCGAGUUCGGGAUUAACGUGGCCCUGUUCCUGCUGUACAUGUCGGCUGCCGUCGUGUACGUGAACGACACCAACCGCGGGGGGCUCUGCUAUUACCAGCUGUUCAAGACGCCGAUCAACGCGGCUUUCUGCCGGGUGGAGGGAGGACAGACGGCUGCCAUCGUCUUCUUGUUCGUCACGGUGCUCAUGUAUCUCAUCAGCGCCGUGGUUUGCCUGAAGCUGUGGCGGCACGAAGGAGCCCGGAGGCACCGGGAGCUGAUGGAGCGGGAGAUGAAAACACAGUCCUCUUUUCCAGAAAACAAGUAUGACAGUGAAGACAGACCAGGAGAAGAGUUCGCUUACAGGCAGCUUAAAUCCAUGGAAAGAAAACCAGAACUACUUAAUGGUCACAUACCUGCAGGCCACAUUCCUAAACCUAUAGUGAUGCCAGACUACUUAGCGAAGUACCCAGCAAUUCAAACAAAUGAAAUGCGAGAUCGGUACAAAGCAGUAUUCAACGAUCAGUUUGCUGAAUAUAAAGAGCUGUCUGUGGAAGUUCAUGCUGUAUUAAAAAAGUUUGAUGAGCUGGAUGCAUUGAUGAGACAGCUUCCUCACCAUCCGGAAAGCAUAUAUGAACAAGAAAGGAUAUCAAAAGUUCUGCAAGAAUACAAGAAGAAGAAAAAUGAUCCUGCAUUUCUGGAGAAAAAGGAGCGUUGUGAAUACCUAAAGAACAAACUUUCUCACAUAAAACAACGAAUUCAGGACUAUGAUAAAAUUAUGAACUGGAAUAUAGAAACUUAG